AUGAAGGUAAAGGACCGCCACAACGGCAACGUGUUGCUAUGUGUACCUUCUGGGCGUUUGUUACACAUAGACUUUGGGUUUAUGCUGGCUCUUUCUCCCGGUGGAGAUAUGGCCUUUGAGAGGGCCCCCUUUAAACUAACCCCCGAAAUGUGUCUCCUCUUAGGCAGGGAGCAGAGCCCCCUCUUCCGCUCCUUCGUUAACAAAUGCGUCAGGGGGUUUUUAGUUCUGCGGGAGCGAGCGGAUGACUUCAUAUCUUUAUUUGAGUCGAUGCAGUUCUCUCGCAUUGCCUGUUUUAAACCCUUUGCAGUGGAGCAUCUCAGGGGGCGGUUUCAGCUGCAUUUGUCUCCUUUGCAAGCAGCAGCUUUUAUGGAGACAAAAAUUUGGGAGGCGCUGCAGUCUCUCACCACGAGAGCAUACGACCUCGUGCAGCACCUGCAGCAGGGUAUUCAGCACUAA